UUUUGUUUCCUGUCGGAGUCGGUCCGUGCUCGGUCCCUUCUGUUUCCGUGUCUGGGAGGAGAGCAGCGGUGUGAUUUCAGAGGAAACUUUAUCUGACAAAAUGCAGGACCCGAAUGAAGACACAGAGUGGAAUGAUAUCUUGAGGAAGAAAGGCAUCCUUCCUCCCAAAGAGGUACCUAAAGAUGACGAAGAGGAGGAGCUGGCCCUCCAACAGCAGUCUGUCGUUAAAACAUAUGAGGAUAUGACCCUUGAAGAACUGGAGGAGAAUGAAGACGAGUUCGGUGAAGACGAUGAGGCUGCCAUUGAGAUGUACAGACAGAAGCGUCUCGCGGAGUGGAAGGCGGCUCAGGUGAAGAACGUUUUCGGGGAGGUCGUGGAAAUCUCUGGGCAGGACUACGUCAAGGAGGUCAACAAGGCCGGAGACGGCAUCUGGGUGGUGCUGCACCUCUACAAACAGGGCAUCCCUCUGUGUACCCUCAUCAGCCAACACCUGAGUGCGUUGGCCAGGAAGUUCCCUCAGACCAAGUUCCUCAAGUCCAUCUCCACCACCUGCAUCCCCAACUACCCGGACCGCAACCUGCCAACCAUCUUCGUCUAUUUUGAGGGGGAGAUGAAGGCCCAGUACAUCGGGCCGCUGGUCUUCGGAGGCAUGAACCUAAAAGUUGAAGAGCUGGAGUGGAGGUUAUCAGAGUCUGGUGCGGUGAAGACAGACUUGGAGGAAAAUCCCAAGAAGCAAAUCGAGGACAAGCUGAUGUCAUCGAUCAGAAGUUCGCUUCCAACACGAAAGGACAGUGACUCUGAGGACGAGGACUAUUAAGUUUAUUAUCAGAAACAAACGCCUGUUACUCCAAACCAGAAACGCUGUGUGGCCGCUACAUUGGAAACACUCAGAGGACCUUUGAGCAGGGACAGAGAAGAGACGGAAACUCCUUUAUCAGCAUCUACAUUUCAGAUUUUAAUCCUGGCCUCGAGGGCACUUGGACAGGAUGCUAUGGAAAGAAGUCUCCGGUACAUUUCUGUGGGAAAACGGCAACAAUCACUCUUUUGUAAUUUGAAUAAAUAUCCGAGCCCAUUAAGUGAAUUUUAACUUUUUUAUUACGUUUCAUGUCACAAAAUGUCAAACCUGUUGAAUUAAAUGUGAGUUCGCCUCUUUGCCACAACAA